AUGGUGGAAAUCUCAUGUGUACUGGCAGCAGUAUUUUUAAUGACUGGAAACAUUCUAAAGAUUGUGUAUUACGCCAAUGUAUUUCGUGACAAUCAUGGAACCUUUGAUUGGGAAACCUACACGACUUUGGACCCAGGGUUUAUUUCCGCACAAUGGGAGACUCGAAUCUCAAGGCAUAAUUUGUUUCUAGCGUCUGGAUUCAUGAACACAAUCGGAUGGUUGUUUUUGGCGUAUCCAAUUCUGCAAAUGGCUUGGAUUCUGUCCAAAGGAGGCAGUCGAGCGCUGGUGUUGAACGUUGUGAUUGGUCUUUUGUGUCUCGCGGGAGCUAUCACGGAGUUGAUUUCCAACUUUGUUUGGCUUGGGAUGUCGUACAUGUCCGAAUACAUGGUUUAUCUUUAUGGCAUUAAUCCAAAUGAGGGCGACUGGCUGGACCGACCAGACAUGCCCGACGAUGACGGUUAUGGUUGGAGAGUCUUGGAAAUGGUUCACAUUGUGUGCCGUGGUUUCAUUAUUUACGUAGAUUCUUUUGAAUGGAUUGCAUUGGCGGGUGUUUUCAUCUUUACGUUUGCCAGUGUAAGAGGCUGGUUGCAAGAAGAUCAAACCAGUUUUGGAUCCAGAUGGAAUACUCUGGGUCUCUUUAUUGGAUUUGUCUGCAUUCUCGAGUUUGUGGCUGAAAUCCUUCGAUUUGAAGAGAAUAUGAGAUUUAGCUCGAGAAUCUUUGGGAUUGUCUCCAUCAUUUAUGCCGUCCUAAACCGCAUCAUCUUUAUUCCCGCUUGGAUUUUGAGUUUGGGCGUCAUGAUUCCAAGGGCCACCAUGAAGAUGGCCUUUGAGAAUCCAGCACACCGACAAAACGGUGGUGGUGGCGGUGGUGGCGGUGGUGAAUUGCAAAUGACGGAAAUUCGACCAGAAUCUGCAGCGCACGAUGGCAAUGAUUUUACCAUUGACGAUGUCGAGGAGGAAGAGGAUCAUCCACCAACAACAAAAGAUCAGGGACCCGCACGAUCCCCACCACCUGCAGCCUUUACUACUACCACUACCGAGUAA